GAGUCAUGCACAAAAACGGAACUGCUGAGAAGCUCUGUGGUACAGGCAUUAAGAAGUGCAUCACACUGAGCCCUGCAAGAAAAGCCAUCUGCCAAUAUCUGUUUCCCUCAUCUCUUGACUGCAGGAAAAGGAUUAUGGAUUUUGAUUAUGAUUAUGAACAUACCCCUGCAACGGAAAAGUAUGGACUAAACAAUAACACGACAACAGAGACGUUUAAAGUACAGAAUGUGAUUUUCUCUGUGUUCAACACCGUCAUCUUUGUGCUGGGCGUUUUUGGGAACGGUGUAGUCAUCUGGAUCUCGGGUCUGAAGAUGAAGAAAUCGGUCAACGCCACCUGGUACCUCAGCCUGGCGGUCUCCGACUUCGUAUUCUGCGCCUGCCUCCCACUCAACAUCGUCUACCUGGUCACGUCCGACUGGGUGUUCGGGCGAGGGAUGUGCAAGUUCGCCUCCUUCGUCAUGUUCCUCAACAUGUUCAGCAGCAUCUUCCUCCUGGUCCUCAUCAGCGUGGACCGCUGCGUGUCCGUGGUCUUCCCCGUCUGGUCGCAGAACCACCGCACGGUGCGGUCAGCGUCGGUGCUGGUCGCGCUGGCCUGGAUCGUCUCCACCCUCCUCAGCAUUCCCUCGCUCGUUUACCGUGACCUACUCAUCACCGAGAAAAGAACGAUGUGCUACAACAACUACCCCAACCACACAAACACGGCACAUCACCGGGCUACGUCAGUGAGUCGCUUUGUCUUUGGAUUUGUGAUCCCGUUUCUGAUCAUCACCAUCUGCUACGUCGUCAUCAUUCAGAAGCUGAGGGGAAAUCGGAGGACCAAAUCCUCCAAACCGCUCAAAGUCAUGUCUGUCCUGAUAGCAACUUUCUUGAUUUGCUGGUUGCCCUACCACGUCGUUAUCCUGCUCGAACUCGACCAUACAAAACAUGGCACUGCCCUCACGACUGGGAUGGAAGCUGCCGUGAUUUUUGCCAACGCAAAUAGUUUCCUGAAUCCUUUUUUGUAUGCGUUUAUGGGAAAAGACUUCAAGAAAAUGUAUCGAAAUUGUAUUCUGUCCAAGAUUGAAAAUGCAAUGAGUGAUGACGCCCACACCUCGAGUCGGUUAAACACUCUGGAGAGCAGAGUUUCUAUUCACAUUCGAGGCGAUAUGUCCACAGAGGUAAAUUUUGUCCGUGUUUUAUAA